UCACAAAUGAUUAUUUAUUUGAAUUCCCAUGUGCAGUUUCAUGGCGUAAUGUGGUGAAAUGAACCUUCAUGUGGUUUACAGUCGCAUAACAUGUAGAAAUGCUUUUUUCAUACUUUUUUUUUAAAGAUUAAAAAGGGAAUAUUAUUUAGCACUUUGCAGUACAAUCACAGUCAGGGGAAUAUUGAAGUACAAGUUGUGUAAAUAAUUAGGCACAUUUAAUAAUAAUAAUACAUUUAGUAAUUAUUUAUUAUCUCAGUGUAUUGUACAUAUUGUGAUAUGAUGUGCUGUUUAACAUAAACUCUGACCCUACAGAUCUACUGUUUUACUCCAACCAAGCUGAACUUAUUCAUCUUUAUUUUAUUUUAUAUGAGUUUAAUGCAGUAAGAUGAUUUUGGUUACAAAGAGUUAAAUGCUGUUUUGAUCGUUCUUGCUUUAGAUGAAAACCACAGCAGGCUAUUCUGCGAAAUAGGUGUUUUUUCUCUCUUAGACAGGGAACUAUUCAUGACCUACAAACACCCAAACCACACUCUCCCCCUCCUCUUUUCAGCUUACAUAAAGUCUAGAGUGAGGUGAUAUCUGGAUUAAUACCGUUCUGUUCACAUCGUGACCCUUAUCAUCAUCAUCAUCAUCAGCAACCAUGUUCUCUCAUUCUCUCCUGCUGGUUCUGCUGGUUCUCACCUGCAUUCAGUCCUUCACAACAGCCCAGAAUACAAAUGGACCAACUCAAUGCUGUUUCAGAUACCAGAGUAGUCAAAUCCCUGUAAAAGUCAUUAUAGGGUAUGAAGAAACAGACCAUCAGUGUACAAAACCUGGAGUCAUCUUUAUCCUAAAGAGCGGCCGUGGGGUGUGUGCAGACCCCGAAGUCAAGUGGGUGCAGAAACACAUGAAAACAAUUGACCAGCGCCUGAUUUUACAAGACUGAUCCAACCUCAACCAAGUUUAAAUCCUCUCUACAUUAAUAAGAAAUUUUUUUUUUUUUUUUUUACAAAAUGCAUUUUUAUGUAUUUAUACAGGAGGAAUAGAGCUUAUUUUUAUUAUAAAUCAUAUUUAAACCAACUUUUGUUUGAACUAUUCUAGCCUUGUUUAUCUGAAUUAAUCUAUAGGCUGUGUGGAUGAAUGUAUUAUAUUUUUAUACGUAUUAAAGGACAUUUUAAAUUGCA